AUGCCUCACGGCCAAGGAGGUGGAACAUUAACAACAUUGAUGGUUGAGUUGUUGACUUUUAUGCAGCUUGAAGGAUGGAAAACUUUCAGCUUCUUCGCGGAUGCGAUGCUCGGCCCUGUUGAUUUCUUGUCUCUGCAAGCGAUUCGUAAAUCUCUCCAUGAUUUGCCUGGUUCCAAUUUCUUCCACUCAUGGGACUUCAACUCUGAUCCCCGCGGCUUCGCUGGAAGCCGGUUCACCCGGAUAAAAGACCUCCGUUUCUUAGCAAUCAGUCGGAAUUUCAUCUACGGGGAGAUUCUGGCGAGUCUCGGCGAGGUUCGCCGUCUCAGAACGCUCGAUUUGAGCUACAAUCAGCUAACGGGAACUAUUUCUCCGUCCAUCGGAUACUUACCGGAACUCUCCAAUUUGAUUCUCUGCCACAAUCACUUAACUGGAUCAAUCCCUCCGUUUCUCUCGCAAUCGCUAACCCGAAUCGAUCUCAAACGCAACAGCCUCACCGGUUCAAUCUCUCCUGCGUCUCUCCCUCCAUCGUUGAGAUAUUUAUCACUCGCUUGGAACCAAUUAACCGGACCGGUUGACAGAGUUUUACUCCAGUUAAACCAGGUUAACUACCUCUCUGACAUCUCUGACACAGGGUUUGCUUUUGUGAUUGGAGAGAAUGAGAAAGUGUUGAGAUAUGUGGAGUGA